UGUGAAUAAACUGUUACCACAGAAUUAAUACAAACCUGUGAUUUGCAGCUGCACUAUCGUCACAGCUGCUGUUAUAGAAGAUUAAUCAAUACCUUCUGAGCAAUCACAAUCCAGAAUUUAAAAAGCGCUAUGGUAAAUAUGUAAUAAGAUAGGUGUCGUUAAGUAAGUUAGGGCAUGAGUAGUUUCAGGUCAGAGCAGUGUGUCAGUUCUUUAAGGGUAAAAUCUGCCAACCUGCUUCAUCCAAAUGGCCACUCCCUUGUCACACACCCAUACACAAACACCCACACACACACACACACACACACACACACAGAGUCAGAACCAAAGUCUCUAUCUGUUUAUAGCAAUUGAAGGACGGGAGAACAUCACAAUGCGGGUUGGACAGAAUUUCUGUCUGUUUUCCCUUAUUAUCACCGGUUCACUCCUCGGGUUCAUUUACUUCAACUACACAUCCACUUGGUUCAGUGAUGUGUUGGAGUGCAGAGUGAAUUUGGAAACAAAACAGCAUGUUAAUAUGGACUUAAUCUUUCCUGCAGGGAUUGCAUACACUCAGCCCAGUGUGAGCAGUAGUCGGCCAGAUGUUGCCACGAUGACGCAAUGGUUAGCUCCAAUUGUGUGGGAGGGUACAUUUGAUUUGACGGUGAUUGACGGCAUCUACAAACGACAGAACAUCACUGUGGCAACCACCGUCUUCGCUCUGGGGAAGUAUGUGCGUUUCCUGAAGGACUUCCUAGAGUCGGCGGAGCAGCACUUCAUGGUGGGCUACCGAGUGCAUUAUUACCUGUUUACAGAUCGCCCGGACGAAGUUCCCGUGGUAACACUGGGGGAGGGGCGUCAGUUGACCGUGAUAAAAACAGCAACCUCAAACCGCUGGCAGGAAAUCUCGCUACGCAGGAUGGAGUUGAUUGAGAAGCUCAUUGAAGAGGAACUCACCAACAAGGCAGACUACAUAUUCAGCCUCGACGUCGACUCCAAAUUCUAUGCUCACUGGGGGGCGGAGUCUCUGGGCGAUCUUGUUGGUGCGCUGCAUGCCUGGUUUUUUGGAACAUCUCGGGAACAGUUCACGUACGAGAGGCGUCCUGAAUCUCAGGCCUUCAUACCUUUAGAAGAAGGAGACUACUACUACAUAGGGGCCGUGAUUGGAGGACGCCUCGACAAAGUGCUCAAGCUGGCGAAGACGUGCCGCAUGCAGCUGGAAGUGGACCGAGCAAAUCAAAUCGAAGCGGCAUGGCAGGAAGAGUCUCAUCUGAACAAGUACUUCCUGUACAACAAACCGACCAAGGUGCUCUCACCUGAAUACGUGUGGGAUGACAUAAAAGGGAAACCCAGCUACAUGAAAGUGGUGCGUUUCUCACAGGUGGUCAAAAACUAUGCUGAGGUUCGACCCAACCCUUAAUGCACACUGUACCUUAGCUCAUGUUAUGUGUUUUUCCACAUACCUUUACCUCCAUUUUAACUGCAAUGGGUUUCUCAGAAAAUAUAAAUGAGCAAAGGUCUCUAUCACCACCAUCUCUCAGGUUUGAACCAUAGACCACACCAGGCUCCUCUACCAACUCAAGACCUUUGUUCACAAAAUUUACAGUUAGACACAAAUUAGCAUUAUAGAAAUGUUAACAUUCCUAAAACAGAACAUUAGUUGAAGAAAACAUCUAUCAACACUCAUGGAACCAAAAUUUCCUAAAACAAUCAGGGAAUGUUUGCUUUUGUGUGUUUUCCUGGGUUUUUGGGUCAUGGUUUUAUGUUUGUAAGUGAAACUUUAUUACACAAAAUAGGUUACUCAAUAAAGAAAAUUAUUAAAGGAAA